AUGGACUCCAGCCAUCUUGGUCGGGGCUCUGGUGACGGUGACGGUGACGGUGACGGUGAAUGGUCCAGUCAGCUGCCCAGCUGCCACCACACAACACACAACAAAGGCUUCUUCGCCGCCGCAUAUACCCCAGGUUUACGGAGUAACAAGAGCUACAGAGUUACAGAUCCCAGCAGCUGCUGGCCAGUGCUGCGACAAAUCAGGAUGCACAAGAAUGUCGUUCCGUGGCCAGCCAGUCGGGAAGUUACGUAA